GCAGGACCGCCGUCGGGACCCGGAGCCCCGCGGAGCCGCUCCCGCCGUGGGGGCGCUGCGAGAGCCCCGGUGGGCCGGUGCCCGCGGAGGGGGCGGCGGCGGGGGAGCCUCUCCGCCGGCUGCGGGGCAGGCCCCGGGGGGCCGCAGCCUCGGCGGCGGCGGCCUGUGCGGGAUGGCGAGGCUCCGCGCCCCGCCGGCGGCGCCCGUGCCCCCCCUCCCCGCUCCUCCUCCUGCCGCCGGCGGCAGGUAGGGCCCCGAGCACAGGCCCGGUCCCAGCCUCAGCUGCCAGCAGCCGGAUCCUCCUCCCGCAGAAAUGGUGCCUCCCACGCAGGAGCCAGAUCCCAGGGCGUUCGCUGGGCUUCCAGCCUCAGCCGGGCGGCCCGUGGCCGGGGCCCGGGACUCUCGGGGCUGUGCUUGAACUCUGGACACCUUGUUUUCCUCCGUGCUUUGCUGGCUGGCGCCUCGUGACUUUUAUGGCCUGUCACGGCAGGGAGGCAGAGGAAGGAAAGGCGAGAGAGAUACCUGCCCGCCGCUCGCUUCUCGGCUUCUGGCCGCCGCUUCGCAGCCCCAGCACCGCAGCAGCUCCGGGGCAGCCUGGGCGCCCCGGGCAGCCAGCCGGCGGUGCGGGGGUCGAGCUCCCACCGUGCUGGCCUGACCCAUUCCUCCCCCCCAGCAUCCGUGUUGCCCUUAUGCUUGAUGCUUCGUUUAUUCCCAGAGGUUGGAUAAGACCUGGAUCAAACCUGGUAGGGAAUUCAGGGUCAGGGAAGGAGGUAUCAGCUCAACGGGUCUGUGUUGACAUGUUGCAGACUUUGCCAAGGAGCUGCUGGAUGUGGAUGCUGUUGGCUUCUCCUUGAGCUGUGUGCCUGUGCCUCUCUGACCAAGCCACAUCCGUAAUGUGGUGUUGAAGUUUUGUGACCAGGUGUUUUGGAGUUUCUCGUAACCUAAACAGCUUGUUGAAGAUGGCCUGGAUAAGGGCAGAGUCCUUUUAAAGGGCUGCAUGGGAGGGAGGUGGCUUGGUUUAGAGGAAUAAUGUAUGGGUGACCCAGAUUUUGGAACUGCGACUGAAUUGGGUGAGGAGGAGGCAUCCAUAAAUGAGACUUUAAGUUGUACCAAAUCCACAUUCUUCUUAAUUCUCAGUUGUUGUUAAUAUUUGGAACAGCUCAGCUGGCUUCUGUGUAGAACCUCGUUUUGGCCACUCAUGGCUGAGGUUAGCGUUUGCACUGUACUGUCUGUGCAGUAGCCUGGUGAUUCUGAUAAAUCUGUGAGUGGGAUUAUAUGAUCUAAUUGCUAGGUGACUAGGCUUGAAGUUGGUACUCUUGCUGAAGCCCCCUGUUCCUGCUGCCCAAAAUAGUGGGAUGCAGGUACUUCUGCUGGGAACCUCUUGUGCAUCCUGAUAGAUUUUGCUAGUAAGAGUUUGUUCCCUGGGACUUUUUUUUUUUAUUAUUAUUCAUUCCAUCCUGUUAACUUUAGCUAGCUGUUCUUGCUGUUUUCUGUUGAGUUUUACCCUUUCUUAUGGUUCACUUGCUUCAAGUGCUUUCUAGAGGUAAACAGAUAAAUUUUGCUGUAGUUUGGGGUUUUUUGUGGCGUGUGUUGGUUUUUUUAAAAUGUACUUUGGAGUCUGGUUUAAGUGGGCUGUUUCAUUUAAUUAGUUUGUAUUCCUGUAAAUUAUGUUCACGCUCCAUGGUUAUUCCAGGCAAAAUUUAAGAAGCAGCCUGCAAGGGAUUUCACAUUCAUAAUUGGAAUCACAUUUUUUUCCAAGAAUAUUUGAUUCUGAGAGUUAACUGUGCUUUCUGUCAUCUGUUAUCUUUCCAGUUUGAUAUUGGAGGCUUAGUUACUGUUUAGCUAAAUUAUACAUAGCUAGCUUAUUUCAGUAGUUAUGCCUGGUAAGUUUUGCAAUUCCUUUCAGCUUUGAAGUUCUUCACUGAACUGCUGUUGUAUCUUUUAAUGAAGUAUUUAGAAGUGACUUCAGUGCAAGUGUAGUUGCGCUCUAUUGUUUCAGCUCUUGGGCUGUACAGAGAGAAAUUGUUUCCCUCUUCUGUGAGGUGAUAGCAUAGUUGAUGUUCAUAGUAUCAGCCAUGUGGGGUCAGAUGCCUUAUUCUGACCCCUGGCAGGUAUUUACAUUUCCAGCUGUUAUCGCUGCAUUAAAUCCAAAAUUCUAUUAGAAAAGUACCCAGUCUUGAUUUCAAGAUACCAAGUGAUAAACUGCACUGGUUCCCCAGGUAAAUUAUUCCAACAGCUGAUUACCCUCUCUAAUUUCUUAUCUCAAUCUGUCCAGCCUGGUUCCUAACCACAAAGUCUUGCUACAAAUUUUCAUGCCGGCUUACAGAGCCUGUUGCUGCCAGGAUGACACAUUCCAGCAAAAAGGUGACCUAUUGUACUGCAGUUUACAGCUGUUACCCAUGUUAACCUCUUGCUUCUGGGAAGAGGCAAUCGUGGAGCUGUAGUCACAGGGGGUAUGAUUUAGAGCAGCGGUUAAGUGUGCCUGGCUGCGAUGUCUGUGUACAGACAGGACUUUCAGGGAGGUGUAAUUGAAUGACUUGUGUUGCUUGGAACACAGCUUCACGUGAUGGUUAAUCCAGCAUAACUACUGGCUGCCACUGAAGGAAUAAUCCAGUUCUCAUCCAGUUCUGACUGCGAGCUCCUGCAGUUUCCCUUGGAUCGCAUCUAGUGAUCAAGCAGCCUUGAAUAAAUUCAGUCACUGCUCAAACUGAAAAUUAAACCCCUUCCCUAGACAGAAAAAUAUGACUUUUGGAUCUGGAAGUUGGACCAGCCUGCUCUGUGGCCAGGUGGUGCUAGGUCUGAUGCAGAAGGGUAGCAUGCCACUGGGCAUGAGAAAUGUGGAGAGGGACUACUUCCAAUAGCCGUCUCAUGCCUGUGCCGGAUUAAAUGCAAGAAGGAAUUGUACAUUUAGUUCCUAAUUUGUGCACUCGGGUGAACAGGCUGUGGUUGCACAAGUCCUCUCAGCUGGCACUGCCAUUCAAAGAAGCUGGCGUGCCUACCUGUUGUCAUCCACAUCAGUUCCCUGCUCUGGUUGGUUAUAAGACUACAUGCAUGCCUAUACCACCAGAAGAGAAAGGGCAGUGUGGUGGUGGGAAUAAGGAAGGCAGAGGAGGGGACUCCUUUUGGCAAGCUGAAGAGCUUGUGAAACUAAAGCUUGAGAUACAGAAAUUAUCACAAGCACACCUUACCUUAAAUCUUAAUGGAAGCUAAUGUAUUUUUUUCACCUUCCUUUUGCAGCAGAUGUGUGAGAAUAGCUACCCUGAUUUGUUCAGUAGUUCAGGUUAACUCUGUUGCCUGACUUGGGAGUACUGGCUUUAGCCAAGGCUGGGUUUAGCACAGCUGCGUUUAUGUCUUUGGUCAGGAAGUGUGUGUUUGAAUUAGACUUUGUGUGGGAAGGAGCGUGUAACGUACGAAGGAGAAGUUCUGUGCCUUGGCUGGGAUGUGCUGAUGCCUUUGAGAGGUUCAUCAGUGCAGAAAAGUUGCAAGCUAAUUUAUUUGUGCAUUCUAGAUGUGAGGUUCUCUGUCGGUUUUGGUGCCUGAGCAAGGUGGGGUACUCUUUUGGGAAAGCUUCACUAAUCUUGUGUCUUCCAUUAACACCGGCUUUCUUGCUCUUCUAGUGGAAUUAGCUUGCUGGGACAAAAUCCAUUCCCCAUCUAUUGGUUUUAAAUGCCAUUCCUUCAAGUGUAAUGCUGAAAACUGCAGGACACGUGGAACUGAGCCUGUGGUGGAGACUUGUCUUGAGCCCACGGUUUGGGGGUUGGAUUACAGCUAGAUGAAGUCAAAGAAGAAAGUCCUACGUCUUUAGUACAAGGUCAGGGUGAGGGCUAUUGGUUUUGAUAGUGGAAAAACUUUAGAAGGGGGAAGGUGAUUACCAUGACAUGUGUACAAAUGUACGUAGGUAAAUAGACACACAUAUGUAAAUGUAUGUCUAUAUAGAUAGAUACAUAGCACAAAAUAGAGGGUGUUCUGAUGCUAGAAGAGGUUGAGGAGGAGUGGCUAUAGAAACUGUAAUUGCAUGGUAUACAAGAAGUGAACCGAAGUGGGAGGAAGCACAUGAACCUGCUGCUCAGAAAAUACUGCGUUAAAGCAGAGCUGGCCAUAAAUUAGCUUUCUGAGAAUGUAUCCCAUUUGCAGUAAGUCACGUAGAAGUGUGUGAUGUUCAGACAUCAAACUACCUCUUUGUAGUCUCAAAUUGAUCAUCUAGCUGCACACAGGUGCUCAGUGUGUGAGGUCCACUGCCCGUGGCCUUGCUGGUGCUCAGAGUACAUUUGGCACUGGAGUUCCUGCCGCUGAUCAUACACAAAACUUCCCAAAUCCUUACCUGGGUCAGGCUGAGGUGGUGCCCAGUGGGAUCCACAAGCUUGGUGGUCCUGGCAGACCCAGCCUUGCCCAGGGUGUGACUGGAGGAGGAGAGGUAAGGUAUGGCUGCAGCUUCAUCCACGAAUCCAACAGUAGAGUUUAUGAAUCCAAAAUACACCGCUCUGGAGGGGAGGAGACUAGGAUCCUGGUCACGUCAGGGCACAAUUCGAUUCAUUCAGAUCGCAGGAGCCCUGAGAUAAUCGGCACAUGUGGCGCAAGGCGUGAGUUGGGUUACAAGCAGACCUGCAACCUGUUGGAUGUGCUCGUUGUUCACAGCUGCCACAAGGUGGCCGCAAUGGCUACACGUGCAUCUUCACUUAGUCGUAGAAAUAGAUGCCCAGGUCAGUGUUCAACUAACACAUACACCGCCCGUGGGAGGAGGGGUGGCAAGAAGAAGACUCUUUGCCUGCAGUGUUGCUGGGCAGCUACAAAAAGUAAGCAUGUGUAAGUUUUAUGGCAUGUACACUUUAUACUCACAAGUUUAGAGGUGCAGUGUUCAGAAGUGCCUACAUGUAUUCUUUGAAUAACGUAAAUCUUAACUGGGCCCUUACUACAGAUUCCUGUCCUGUGAGGAGGUGCUAGUGGAAACUUUGUGAGAGUAUACCAGUAAGAGUAUAGCUUUGUUGGUGUACCUCAUUUCAUAGGAGAAGGAAGGAUGCCAUACCAUACCAGUGCUUAGCAAAGCUCUGAUGCUGUAGCUUGUAUCUUUAGUGGGUCUGGUCUCUAGGAAAAAAUCCUUUUGGAAUGGAUUAAGCCUGAGUCUCUGUUCAGAUACAGAAUUUUUGCUGUAGGUAUUCUAUAGUGCAGUCAUCUGAGGGUAACUCUAGACCUAUGAAAUGUAAUCUAGCUGCAACAUUUGAGUCAAUCUCCUUUCUGAAGUACUCUUGAGAUCACUGUCUUUUUUUUUUUACAGGUGAGGACUGUCAGGCUAAUAGCAGUGAAGUUGAGAAGGUGCAGUAUGUAUCUAUUUCCCCUCUGUUGCUGGAUUUGUAGAAGAGAUGUUCAGAGUAUAUCACCAGCCAACAGUGUCUCACUGUGCAGUAUCUAGAAUGUUCCAGCUUGCAGUGAGUUUGUGUACCCAGAGUCACCUACAAGUCAGGUGCAUGUGAACUGCAGUCCUGGAUUUCCAGGCCCUCUUGGAAGAAGAGCAUAUGAAGAAGUGGUGGCAAGUUCAGCAUCUGAUCCAGAGAGACGUGAAAGAUCACAGGAUGUGUCACUGAUGGAGUCUGAAGAAACCAGUGAGGGAGGGACCACUCCCCGAGAAGCCAGCGGCGUCACUGGGGAGGUUUGGGAUUCUACAGCAGUUGAAAGAGAGCAUCAUGCCCCUCACGCAUCAGCCGAAAUGAGCAACAGCCUGUCUGAAUCUGCAAAGGGAGCAGAGCUCAGCACUCCUGAGGACUGCCUUUCUGCUCCAGGGAAAGCAGCAGAGAUGCUGGGCAGACCCUCUAACCCUCUGCAAAAAGUGCCAGCAGGAUUGGAACAAGAGCAAGGUGAUGCAGAGCCUCAAAAGGGACUCUCGGAAUUGGAAAGAGAAAUGCUUUUAAGUGAGGGUGGACUGGAUUGUUCUCUGAAACUUAAGCAAGUAGAGCUGGUUGACCUGGAAAGCAACCAGGACUCUUCUCUCAGCACAGUCCAGGAUAGGCCAGACCCUGGCAGUGCCAUCCUGCAGGCUGUGGACCUCAGCACUGAGUUUCCUCAGAGCCAGGCAGAAUUGGCACUUUGUGGCUCAAACUCUCAGGCUCAACAUCCAAAAUACCCUUUGGCAGAUGCCAUUUCCUCUCAGAGAGAGACACCUAAGUGCUUCUUGGUGUGUAAAACUGUUUCAGAGGGGCAUUAUAAGGCUGAACCAUUUCUGGAUAGCCUCUCCAUGGAUUCUUUGCAGGAGGUUGAUGCUGGUGCAGAGCAGAAGCAAAGCAGCAAAAACAUGGCAGCACCAACUCAUGAGCAGCCUACCUCAGAGGAAGCAAUAGAUGACAUGGCUAAACCUCACAUUUCUGAAGACGCUAAGGAAAGCGUAAGAGCACUUGAGGGUCUGGAAGAGAAUAUAGAGUCUUCCUUUUCCCAUCAGUUGUCUUCCACCUUAGCAGAUGACAGCCAGAUAAGUUCACUACAAGCAGAAUGCAACAUCUCAGCUGGUGAAACAAGGAAUAGCAGUAUGGUCAAAGAGCAGGGAACAGCAACGGUUCCUAAAGAAAACUCAUCUGCUUCUAAAUGCCUUCAUCUUGAAGACGACCACAGAAAAACAGAGAGCAGACCUGCCUCUCAAGCAGAGAGUGCCUUCCAGGUAAAGGAUACUGCUAAAAAAAAUGAGGAAAUGAGUACUUCACAGCAUAAGAAACCAGCACAGGAGGCAGUGUCUGAACUUCAGCAGGAAGAAGAGAAGAAAGAGUGCAAACUGCAGAAUCUGCUGGAAGAAGGGAAAUCUUUGGAGCCCAAAGAUCGGAAAAGCAAGGAACUAAAUGAGAAGAAACAACAAUUGCAGAUGGAAGACCUCAAUCUGGAGGCAUCAGCUUCCAGGUCAGAGUUAUCUUCUGUCCUCAGGCAUAAUGUGGACUUGUGUGGUUUGGAAAACGUUUUUUUGGCUGAGCAAACAGGAUCAGCAUUUUCUCCUAGGGAGUCUGUCUCUGUGGAUCAGCAUCCCGGUGAGGAUGUACUGCUGAAAGCUUAUGCCACAGAAGCAGGUUCUGGACGUCAGCCACUCGCUGUUAGCUCUCUGUCCUCAAAUAACCUGAAUGCAGUGGGUGAAACUCCAGUGGUGCCUCCACACACAUGCCAUAUCUCUGACCAGGCAGAAGACCUAGAAGACUCUGGCCGCUUUUCCAUUGGUGGUCAGGAUAUUGGAGAAGCGGACUGGGAUGACAGGACAAGACUGGGCAGGGAGAAUGAGCACAGUGAUGGGCAUGGAAAGGCUGUCCAGAGGCUUGAUAAAAGAGGUGCACCUCUUCGUGGAGGAGUGGCAGCGCUUUCUAGUGCAGAGAACCCAGAGGCUUCUGUUCUACGUCCUUCCUCAGGUACCAAGAACUUGGAGCCACCUGAUCCCAUAGAUCCUCAUCCCAUUACAGAAAAUUUGGGAAAAGCUGAGCUUCAGGUCUUCAUUCCAGCUUUACCUCCAGAGCUCGCCUCUGUGGCUUCAACAUCUGGCCCACAGCAAGAGGGUGCUAGCAGAAUGGCCUCCUUGACCCCUGAGGACUGUCCUGGCACCAGCCUGAACAAACUGCUAGACUCUGUAGAGAAGCCAGCCAACCAAGCUGCUUCUGUACAAGUGCGGGACCCAACAUCAGGGGAAACUGCUAGUGUAAGUACUGAUCCAGGGGAGGCCAACAUUUCCCAUGAACUCCUUAUUUCUGAGGAAGGCUUUCAUGAAGACCUUAGUGGCCAGUCUUCUUUCUCUGUAAUAUACCCAAGCUGUCUUCCUCUAGAGAGGAGCCUUCCUGAGGGCAGGAGGACUGUGGCUGUCAUUGCAGGGCCUCUGGAACCACCCCAAACACCAGGCAGGACUUCCACUCCCCUGAACCACCCAGAGACAACUCAGCAAAAACCCCCAGAAGAAAGUGCCAUUAUCCAACAAAAAGAAAUGGGAGUACCUGUGGAUCGUGAAGCACAAGAAAUGCCUUUAUUUGAUCAGUCUGACUGCGGUUUAAACCAAAAAGAGCCUGGAUCCAGAAUCUCCAGUGUCCUGAGCACCCUAACCUGGCCCUCUGAAGAAGAUAUGGUCUUUGCCGUGAGCCAGCAAGAACAACCUCUGUCCCCUGCAUCCCAUUCAAGCCUACCUCUGGUGUCUGAGCCUGAUGCCAAACAGCUUCCUCGCCUUCCUUCCCUUGCCCGAAGCCCCAGGCAAACUCAGGCCCCUGCACUUAAUGCAAAUCACCUUGCCCAACCUCCAGCCCCUGAAAGUUACCAGCCGCUGGCUCCUUUACCCUACUCCAGGCCACAUCUCAACUGUGGUAUGUAUGAUAGUAAGUUACUAGCCACUCACCCUACUAUAAGCCAUCCUCUGCACGCUGCUGCCUCUCUGUCUGAUUCUAAUACUGUGGCCUCUGCUUCUCACAGAGAAGAUGUAGCAGAGAAAGAUGACCUUGUUCCAGUAACUAGAGAGUGGGAUCUCAGUGACUCAGGUACCCAUACAGAGACAUCUGAUGACUCAGGGGUCAGUUUGUUGGCCAAAAGCUUUUCUGCUGUUGGAAAUGAAGCAUUGGCCGGCUCCUCUGACGCCAGCCCUGAAACAGCAGACCACCACAUGGAUAUACAGUAUGGAAAAUCUUCACCUGACCACCCUUCUUGGCCCUCGCUGGAAGGCCUGAUAACAUCCACAAACUCCAAGAGCCGGGACUCUGCACAGCCACCUCCAAUGCUAGCAUUCACCAAUCCAAUCCAUUUCCUCCAGCUCAGCCCUCCAUCACCACCAACCACCAGGACAGCCUGCCAAGAGGAGGACAUCUCAGGGGAGCUGCGAUGGGAGCAAGAGGCAGGUGUCUUUGGUGUGGACUCAAAGAAUGUCCAAGCUCCAUUGGCAUUCACAGAGAAAACAGAAAGUGAGAGGAGGAUCAAGCAAAGGCUGGAAGGAGAAGGUGGGGAACACCACUUGGUAGCUCAGCCAAAGGAGGAAAUGCCCAGACACUCACCCUUGGAGAAAUCAUCAAGUUGGCCAGACAAAAAAUCGAUCAGGGUAGUUGCACAGGAGCCAGCAGCCAAUCAAGAAAACCCAAUUAAACGCCGAGUGAAAAGCAAGGACUGGCACCGUCAGGGCCUGAAGAGGAUGUCAGUACCACCAGACAUCUUGCAGGAAGUUCCUUCUCUUCCUUCAGAGGAAGAAGCUCACAAGACACACAGGGAGCCACCAGUCAGUUCAGAAACAGUUAUAUUGCGAGAAAAGAAACCUGCAGAUGCAAUGGAGAACUUCAAACGCCGGCACUCCAAACUGAUCAACUCCUCAAGACUGCUGUAUCAGGAAUACAGUGACGUGGUUCUGAACAAGGCCAUUCAAAGCCAGAAGAGAGUGGAUUCUUUUGCAGAGGAUAUAGAGUCGAGUUUCCCGAGCUCUCCAAGGCUACGGAGGAAAGUGCUUUCUCCCCAGGACUCAUAUUUGCAGCGUCUGUCAGUCUCAUCUAAUGCGUCCCUCUGGCAGGACAUCCCCAUGAUACGGGGCAGCAGAAUACUACUCAAUAUGUCCCGUGAUGAGCAGAAGCUGCAAGAGGCCAAGUUUGAGUUGAUAAUGUCUGAGGCUUCCUACCUGCGCAGUUUAAAUGUGGCGGUGGAUCACUUCCAGCGAUCAGCAGAGCUCCAGGCAAUGCUCACCAAUCAAGAGCGUCAGUGGCUUUUCUCCCGCCUUCAUGAUGUACGCGACGUCAGCGCUAGUUUCCUUUUUGACUUGGAGGAGAAAUUUGAGGAGGACAUGUUCACCUUCCAUGUGUGUGACGUGGCUCUGAAACACGCCCCUGAAUUCCGCAGGGUGUAUCUACCAUAUGUAACAAACCAGACAUAUCAGGAGCAAACCUUCCAGCGGUUACUAAAUGGAAAUGCAGGGUUCCAGCAAGUCCUGGAGAGACUGGAAAGUGAUCCUGUAUGCCAGCGCCUCUCACUGAAAUCCUUCCUCAUCCUUCCUUUCCAGCGCAUCACUCGUCUCAAACUCCUUCUACAGAAUAUCCUGAAGAGAACUCGGCCUGGGUCUGAGGAGGAAGUGCAAGCAACACAGGCCUAUGAUGCGCUUGAAAAGCUCAUCAAGGAUUGCAAUGAAAAUGUCCAGCGCAUGAAGAGCACUGAAGAGCUGAUCUACCUCAGCCAGAAGAUUGAAUUUGAGUGCAAGAUAUUCCCACUCAUCUCACAGUCAAGGCGACUUGUAAAGUGUGGUGAGCUGACAGCACUGGACUUCAGCACCCUGAGUCCAAAAUGGAAAGUCACCACCCGGCCCAUCUACCUACAUCUUUUCAAUGACUGUCUGCUCUUGUCUCGGCCGAAGGAGGGUGGACGUUUUGUUGUGUUUGACCAUGCUGCUUUCUCAGAUGUGCGUGGGGAGAAGUGUGAGAUGAAACUGCAUGGAACAAACAAAAAUGUUUUUCGUCUCUUUCUACUUCAGAAUUACCAGGGAAAGAGAGUGGAGUUUUUGUUUCGUACAGAGACACACAGUGAGAAGCUGAGGUGGAUCUCUGCUUUGGCUCCUCCGCGAGGAGAACUGGAUCUCUUGGAGUGCCCUGAUGCACCCCAGGUUCAAUGCAUAAAGACUUACAAGGCUCGGGAAAAUGAUGAGCUGGCUUUGGAGAAAGCAGACAUCAUCAUGGUUAUGCAGUACAGCAAUGAUGGAUGGAUAGAAGGAGUCAAACUUUCGGACCGGGAGAGAGGCUGGUUCCCCUCAGAACACGUGGAACUCAUCUCCAGUAAACAUGCACGGCAGAAGAACCUGAAGGAGGAACAACGUGUGAAGAAUGCCAAGCAGCAGGUCUUUUGCAAGAAAUAAGACUGUUUGGACCUGUACAAUCGCCCUGCCAUGGGGGAACCAUCUUUUUUCCAUUGUGCCUCAGAAGAAAUUCCUCUGUGAAGAGCAUAAUACAGCACUUUGACAGAACCAGGUGCUUUUUGCCAAAGAAAGCGGGAAUCCAAUCAGGAAAAAUCAUUCACUUCCUUUGUGUCACCAGGAGUACGGCAGCAGGAGGGAAAAAAGUUGCAUGUAUUGCUUGCUUUGUGGUAGUAGGGAGGGACUUUAAUCAGACAGAGGUCUGGGAUCUGGACUUUAGAAAAUAUAUUCCUGGUUUUGCCACUGACAAGUUGCAGGACUUUGGGCAAGUCACUUCAGAAUUCUGCCUCAGUUUUCCCAUCUGUGAAAUGGGGGUAAAUUUACCUACCUCACUGGAUGUUGUGAGGCUAAAUUCACUAGUAUUAGUGUAAUAAGAGUUUUGAGUUCCUGAGAAGGAAUGUGCUAAGUGCAAAGCACAGUAGAGUUGAGGAGAGUUUUCCAUUUGAAUAUCCUCUUGGUAUCUUGACGGUGUUGAUCUCCGUAGUGUAAUUUCCAUUUAGAACAAUUUAUCUAUUUGAUCGUGCAAGUCUACUGGUUUUUAGAUAGGCAAAUAUUUCAUCGCACCUAAAUUUAACUUAAGUCUCAGCAUACUGUUAAAAGAGACCUUAACAACAUUAGAAAAUCCACUGGAGUUAAGCAGAGUUUUCAGAAGGCACUGUGAUGAUCUCCCCCACCUUAAGAGGUAUCACGCUGAAGAAUCUGUUUCACAAAGGUCACCUCUCAUCUGAACAAGUGUCCAUAAGCCAUCUGAAAUGACCCUUUUUUACUCUGCCUCCCUCUCAAAGUAGAUCAGUGACUUUUGACAAAGAAUUUGUAUUUGUGUUGGUACAUGCCCUGUACAAAAUAACCAUGACUAGACAUAUGCAAUGAAGUGGCACUUUCCUGCUGCUCUUAAUCUGAUAGCUGAUGUGGUAUUGCAUGCACCAUUUUGCACACUUAUAGAAAACACUAAGAGAUUUAGCCACUGUAGAUAAAGUCAAAAUAUGUACCGGAGACUUUUGUUCUUUUUUAGAACUCUCUGGUUUUAAGUCCAGUUUACAUGCAGUCCUGCUUUUGUGCAGAACCUGUCUAUUUGAGGAUAUGCCUUCAACUGUAAAAUACUGUUUCUGUGUUCAAGUGUUUGCGUUCAGUCAAUGCAAGAUCAAGUUUAAGAAUCAAUACACCAAAGAAAGCAACGUGUAGCCUUCUUGCAUUUAAUAUAUUUGAAGAAUUAGUUAUCUUCGUAUCUCCAGCUUUCUGUCUCUGUAACAUUCUGUCUCUAAUUCCCAUUUACACUGUAUCUAGUAUAGCUUAAUACAGCCUAUUUAUAUCAAUAAUUUUAGCUGGAUAAAAAAAAGUUGCUUUUAGUCCUAAUAAACUCAUGCACUUCUCCAGUUAAAGUAACAA